GCUCGGCUCACAUGGCCCCGUCCUUAUAAACUUCAACUCCCACACCCUUGGUCUUCUCAUGAUUUAUAUAUAUCUCCCCCAUUGCCCAUCUGCUCUCUACAAAAAGUCUUGCCAUUCUUCUUCUUGCUAGCUUAGCUUCAAUGGGUUCUAAUGGUUGCAAAGAAUUCUCUAAGGUGAAAUGGAGGAGAAGGAAGAGGCGGGCGGGUCGUGGUCAGGUGGAAAUGAAGGUCAGGAAGCUGCAGAGGCUCAUUCCGGGCGGGCAAGGUUUGAAUCCUGAUCGGCUUUUUCUUCGCACCGCCGAUUACAUUCUGCAUUUGAGGUUGCAAGUAAACGUUUUGCAAGCUCUUUCCAAGAUUCACAAACCAUGAGUUUGUGUUGGUUCAUUAUAAUUAAUCUUAUGUUACAAGUUAAUAGUUGCUCGAUCAUUAUGGCUUCUAUAUAUAUUGGUUAAAUUAAUGUAAGUUUCUUUUCUUCUUUCGUUAUGCGUAAGGUCUAAAGAGGCCGGCCGUCCGAUCUGUUGGGUAUUGAUCCUUUCUAUGCUUUUACCAUAUAUAUUAAAAGCCUUGAGAGUUUAGAAA